AUGUCGCUCCCUAGCAAAAUGAAAGCACUCGUGACGGUCGAGGACCAUCAGGCGACCGUCCAAGAGGUGGACGUCCCCACGCUCGACGCAGACGAGAUCCUCGUCCGCACCCUCGCCGUCACCAUCAACCCCACGGACUGGAAGCACGUCGCCUUCAUCUCUGGUCCUGGCAAUCGGGUCGGCUGUGACUUUGUUGGCGUUGUCGAGCAGCUCGGAUCCUCCGUCAGGAACUCUUCUCUGCAAAAGGGCGAUCGGGUGGCGGGCUUCGUGCACGGCGGUAAGGAGCCCGAACGCGGGUCCUUCGCCGAAUACCUUAAGACCGACAGCAAGAUCGUGGCCAAGAUCCCGGACAAUGUCGAUGACCUCACCGCCGCCGCUCUCGGCAUUGGCGGUGAGACGGCGGUGCAAGCCUUGUUUCACCGACUCAACCUGCCCGUGCCGGACUUCUCCAACGGUGCUGUGCCCGUGAAGGACGAUGCGCAAGAGGUGCUGAUCUGGUCCGGAAGCACCACCGUCGGUCAGUGGGCCAUUCAGUUGGCCCAUCUUGCUGGAUACAAGGUCAUCACCACCGCAAGCCCCAAGAAUCACGACCUGCUCAAGAGCCUCGGCGCAGACGACCUCUUCGACUACCGCGAUGAGUCCACCCCCGAGAAGAUUUCGUCCAAAUACCCCAAGUUGAGCAAGGCGCUCGACUGCAUCUCGGAGAACGGCACCCAGCAGCUCUGCGUCAAGUCCCUCGGCCAGGGUGGCGGCGAAGUCGUCGUGCUCCUCAAGCCCGAUAAGGAGGCCAUCGAGCUCAGGAAGGGUGAGGUCAAGAUCAUUCACACCCUCGCGUACACCGCGCUGGGUCGCCCGUUCAACUACGGCAAGGCCGUGUACGACCAGGCCACCGUCGAGGCCGAUUCGAAGAAGAUGCAGGAGUGGCUGAACGGGGACAAGGGUCACUUCUACACGCUGUUCAAGCAGGGGCUGCUCAAGGGUAACAGGACUAAGGAGAUGCAGGGUGGACUCGAGGGUAUCAACGAGGGCAUGAAGUAUCUGCAGGAGGGUAAGGCGUCCGCUGAGAAGCUGACUUACAGGAUCAGCUCGUAG